AUGUCAUUACACUGCAAUCCAAUAAUUUAUUUAAAUAUGGGGGGUGAAAUGUUAUAUGUUUUGCAACAAAGAUUGAAAGCGCAAAAAAUUAACACACGUAAAACAACAAUAGUAAUGGAUGAGAUAACAGCAGCAUUAGUGCAUCCAAAAAUAUUAUCAACGAUUUUCAAUGACUCGGAAAUUUCGAGCUUGAGUUGGAUGCGAUCGACGUUAGAAAAUAUCGCGUUGUGUUCAAUAAUGCGAUUAGACGCUGAUAGUAUGAACAAAUUGUUUGACUUAAUGAUGAUGAUGGUCAAGUAUCAGCUGUCAGUUGCCACUGGACCUAGAGAAGUUGUUUUGCUGACGAUGAACCACGUCGACGCAUUUCGGAAUAUGGUCACUCGCAGUGGGACACAUGGAAGAAUUACUGUCGUUCAUGAAAUGAUUAUUAAAAAAUAUGGACCGUUGACUUAUGACGAAGUAUGGCAGGCGAGGAAUGAAUGCUUGGAUUUGCUGUGCGGAAUUAAUGUACGGGUGUCUAUUCUACUGAAAUUGGGAUUGCAGAAUGAGGACACUACGUUUAAUAAUCACCCACGUAAUUAUAAUGAAAAAUUUGAGUCAAAACGUGAUGAACUGGGAGCUAUUAAAUUAAUGGAUACACCUCAGGCUCAUAGAGUUGGAUCUUUCCAACUGCUGGGUGACCGUGUUACGUUUCUGGGAAAAAAUAUAUACACAAUGAACUUUACAUUUGUAAUAAACAAACCGCAACAACUGAUACCUACUAAAAGCAGAGACAAAUUGUUUAUUAAAGACAAAGGAACAAAAGCUGAACUUGGAAUGCUGGCAAUGCAAUUGGGUACCGAAGAUACAUCCUCAUCAACAAGGACAUUCAGUCUCGACCUAUUUGAUGACAUCGACGUCAAAACUGAUGAUGACAUCGAGAAAAGUGUCCCCGAAGAUCCCGCAGUUAAUCAAAAUAAUGAAAACAAUGACAAGAUUAAUACAAACGAUGAUUAUAAGAACAAACUAGAAAAUAUUUGCUCAGAUUUUUUGACAACUGAAGAUAAGAUUGAAAACAAAUUAAAUCUUUUACAGCUUCUUGAUGAGGCCAAUUAA